AUGCAGCUAGUGCCAGUGCCGUUAAGGCUGGUGCUAUGCCUCUUGCCGCUUUUAAUAGCACAGCCUGCUGAGAAAACACCCAGCAUUGAUCCUCACCAUUACCAGCCAUGUGAGUCACUCGAAUUUCAAUUUUUUGUGAAUUUUGCAAAAUUUAUCUUUAUUGUAAAGUAACCUUGAAGUCUAUAAAUAUGUUUAAAAGUACUUUCCACAAUAAUUACAAUAAACUGACAAACAAUUUUAGCCUCAAAUCCUUGUUACGAUCAAAACAACGAACCCCAGCGUUGUGUGCCCGACUUCAUCAACGCCGCCUUCAACCGCUUCGUCGAAGCCACCAACACUUGUGGAGUACGUGGCCAGACCACGUACUGUGUUCAAACUGGUCAUAUGGGAUUAAGGAAGGUCUGUGAACACUGUGAUGCCAGAAGACCGGAGAUCGCUCACCCGACCACCUACUUGACCGACUUCAACAACCCCAACAACGAGACCUGGUGGCAGUCGGACACGAUGCUCGAGGGCAUGCAGUAUCCGACCAGCAUCAACCUGACCCUCAAGUUGGACAAGGCCUUCGACAUUACCUACACAAGAAUCAAGUUCGUCAGUCCUCGGCCAGAGAGUUUCGCCAUCUACAAGAAGACUUCGGCCGAUUCUGAAUGGGAACCGUGGCAGUACUACUCGGGAUCGUGCUUAACCACCUACAAGCUACCCGACCGGUCGCCGAUCUUGCCCAACAACGAAGCCCACGCCAUUUGUACGAGGGAAUUCUCAGAUAUCUCACCUAUUACUGGUGCCACCAUCGCCUUCUCAACACUUGACGGUCGUCCCUCGGCCGAAAACUUCGAGGAAUCUGAAGUUCUUCAAGAGUGGGUCACGGCUACGGAGAUCAUGGUGGUGUUGAACAGAAUGAACUCGUACGGUGACGAGAUCUUCAGAGACCCUCGAGUACUCAGAAGUUACUAUUACGCCAUCUCUGACUUUGCUGUUGGAGGUAGAUGUAAAUGUAAUGGUCACGCCAGUGAAUGUGUACGAUCUACUGGAGAGUCGACCAACCAGCUCGUCUGUAACUGUAAACACAACACUGCUGGGGUAGAUUGUGAGAAGUGUGCUCCAUUCCACGUUGAUCGACCAUGGAGAGCAGCUACUUCAACUGACGCCAACGAAUGUGUGGGUAAGUAUACGUCUGAGGUACUAUAAUAUUAUCUUAUAUGUUUGUAAAGCUUCUUCUUAUGCAAAAUAUAAACUUAAUUAAUGUUUCAGAAUGUAACUGUAACGGUAUGGCCAACAGAUGUUUCUUCGACGAAAAACUCUACAACGAAACUGGACAUGGAGGUCAUUGUAUUGAUUGUACUCAGAACACUCAGGUAAGUCGUUUGUUACAGUAUCAGACAUUUUUUAGGGACCCCAUUGCGAAGAGUGUGUUGUCAACCAUUACCGUCGACCUGGUGAGAGAGGAUGUACAGCUUGUAACUGUAAUCCUCUCGGAUCAGAGAGUGAACAGUGUGAUGAACAAGGUCAAUGUACUUGCAAGCCUGGAGUCACCGGAGAACGUUGUGACCAAUGUAAGAACGGAUUCUACGACUUCAGUGCUUCUGGAUGCAAGUAAGUGUAGAUUCUUUUGUAACUUCAUGAUAACGUGGAAUCAUAGCUUCUUUUUACAAUUGUUAUAUAUACAAUACUAUCUAAGGUUUAGUUUUAAAUAUUAAUCUUCCUUCAGAGAUUGUCACUGUGAAUUGGCGGGAUCAGACCAAAACACUCCACGGUGCUCGGCUUCAGAUGGUCGUUGUGCUUGUAAGGCCAAUGUGGAAGGACAACAGUGUGACAAGUGUAAGCCAGGCUACUUCAACCUUGACGUCGAGAACGUGUUCGGAUGUUCGCCAUGUUUCUGCUACGGUCAUUCCUCGGUUUGUCAACAAAGCGACGGCUACUACGCUUUCAACGCCAGCUCCAGAUUCGAAGAGGGCGUGGAGAAGUGGAAGGCUGGCAUCUCCGAUCGUCAUCCUGUAGACAUCCAAUGGGCUCAACUGGACAAAGCUGUAGCCAUCUCUCAGUAUGACGAAAGCCCAGUGUACUUCUACGCUCCACAGAAGUUCCUUGGCGAUCAGAGAUUCGCUUACAACCACGACCUUGGCUUUACCCUCAGAAUCCAACAAGUCCAACCAACGCCUUCCGUGAAGGAUAUUGUACUAGUUGGAGCCAACGGAAUGGAGCUCUUUAUCCCCAUCAUCCAUCAGAACAACACCCUUCCAGGACAGAACGAAAAGAGCUACAGAUUCAGACUGCACGCUAACCAAGUCUACCAGUGGAGCCCGUCGCUUCGAGAAGUUGACUUCAUUGGUGUUCUGGCCAAUUUGUCGGCCAUCAAGAUCAGAGGAACCUUCUCCAAAGGUGACGUCGGCUUCUUGUCCGACUUCUACAUUGGCACGGCAGGUCUGAUCGUUCCGGAGGACGUUGAGAGCCGGGAAGCCAAGUGGGUGGAAACCUGUAAGUGUGGAGAGGGAUUCAUCGGCCAAUUCUGUGAAUCCUGUGAGACCGGCUACAAGAGAGUUCAGAAGUUCGGAGGUCCCAUGGCCAAGUGCAUAAAAUGUGAAUGCAAUGGCCAUUCAGACUCCUGUGACCCCGAAUCUGGAGCCUGCUUCUGUAAUCAUAACACUGACGGCGAUUUCUGUGAACGAUGUGCUCGUGGAUACUACGGCGACGCCUUGGUCGGUUCUCCAGAAGACUGUAAGCAAUGUGACUGUCCAGAAGGCGGCCCAUGUAUGCUUCUACCAGAUGGUACCACGACUUGUACCGAAUGUCCAGAAGGGUACCAAGGAAAGAAAUGUGACGAAUGUGCUGACGAAUAUUACGGUAGCCCAGAUGAAGGUAUUCCGUGCAAGAAGUGUGAAUGUAACGAUAACGUCGACACGAAUGCCGUUGGAAUCUGCGAUACGUAAGUCUUACAUUUUAAUGAUCAAACUUUGUGUUUAGGACUUCUGGAGAAUGUCGCAAGUGUAUCUACCAAACUACCGGAUUCAACUGCGAAAAGUGUGCUCCAGGCUACUGGGGAGACGCUUUGGCUGAGCCGAAGGGAGACUGUAAGCCAUGUAACUGCUACACUCCUGGCACUAAGAGACCAACCAUCGACUACAAUCUUUUGGAAUGUCAACAAAGCGACGGUCAGUGUGACUGCCAGCCCAACGUGAUUGGUCAGUAUUGUGAGAAGUGCCAAGUAAGUCAUGUUUUUUGAUGAUUUAUAUUCGGUCAAAAGUCCAAAACCUCAUUUAUAAUCAUUUUUAAUAAUAAUAUCUAAUUAAUCUGUCUUUUUAGGAAGGCUACUUCAACCUGACUUCUGGAAAUGGUUGUGAAAGUUGUGACUGUGAUCCUCUCGGAAGUUCGAAUACCACAUGUGACGUUGUAACCGGAUCGUGUCAGUGCAAACCUGGUGUCACGGGUCGCAGAUGUGACGAGUGUGCUCCCUAUCACUACGGAUUCAGCUCAGAAGGCUGUAAGCCUUGUGAUUGUGAUCAACUUGGAUCAGAAUCCAGGGAAUGUGAUGUUAACACUGGGCAAUGUUUGUGUAAAAACAAUGUGGAAGGUCUCAGGUGUGACCAAUGUUCUGAGAAUCGUUACAACCUUCGUAGUGGAUGUCCAGCUUGUGACGAUUGUUACACGUUGAUUCAGAAGAGGAAGAACGAGCUGAAUGGAAGUAUCUCCGCCCUCAGGGAAAACUUGGACGAGAUUCAGAACAACCCAGUUAAGGUGGAGGACGCUGAGUUCGAUGCUAGAGUGAACGAAGUGAAGGAAGAAGUUGAGGAACUCAGUUCCAAAGCAAAGUCAAAACUCGGUAAGUGCCUUCAUAUAUAACACUAAAACAUUGUGAAUUCAGUUCAAAUGACUAAUUAUUUUUAGACGGAAAUGACGCCAAACUCUUGGGACAGGUCGAUGUCGUCAAGAAAAACCUUGAUGACGCAUCUGGCGCCGUCUCUCACAUCAAGAACAAUCUCGAAAAGAUCGACAGCAAGGCGGCUUACGUAGAAGUCGAGAGACAACGAUUGGGAUUGGAGCAGGAAGCAAUCGAACGCGAAUUAGAUAACGCAAUUAGCUACGCCGAGCGUGAAGGAGACGUGCAGUUGAAUAAAGCCAGAGAAGCCGUCGACCGGUUCGGAGACAAGUCCCAAACUCUCACCGACCUGGCCAAGGAAUCUAAGAAGUUCGUCCAAGACCAGAACGAGAAACAAUCCGAAAUCGAGAAGUUGGCCGAAUCGGCUUCAAACAAGUCGAAGGAAGCCUUGAAUGAAGCUAAUGACGCCAUCUACGGAGCGUCAGCUACAAGUCAGCAGAUCGCUACUCUUCAGAAGCAACUCAAAUCAACCUCCGACAAGCUGAACAACACCAAGGCCUUGGCUGAAGAACAAAUCAGAGAAGCAGAAUCCGUUUACAAUGAAGCCGCUCAAACCUUGAGUAUUGUCGAGGGCACCAAGCUUCCUGACGUUAUCCCUGAUGAGAUCAACGAAAACGCUGGAUUACAUAAAGAAGAAUCACAACUAUCGUCGACAGAUGCUAACGAGAAGAUUGAGGAACAGAAGCAGGUGCUUCAAGAUGCUCAAAGGAUCUUGACCGAAGCCGCCGGGAAUCUACGCGCUGCCAAGAUUCAACAAGAGGUAAUAAUUGAAUAAUAUUGUUGAUGCCCAGCUUAUUUUCAGUAUCCUUUACGCUUUAUAGUGUUUUUAGGUUAUUAAAAAUUAAAGUCCUACAAACUAACUUUGUUUUAGGAAACCGACAGAAUCCUGGCCGAAGUUGAGAAGAGCCGUAACCACGCCAAGGAUGCCUUUGAUGGAGCCACGAAGAUCUGGAACGAAGCCGAGCAAUCCUACAACUCCUUGAACGACUUCAGUGAGAACAUCGACGCAUCCAAGCAAGAAGCCCUGGAACAACUCGAGAAACUCACUCAAAUCCAAGACCAAAUCAAGGAAGCCCAACAAAUUGCGGCUGAUACCGAGAAAGAGAUUGGAAACGCCAAUUCUGAUGCCAACGAAUCGCUUCAACUGGCCGAAAAGGCUCGGGAAGAUGCCAGAAAACUAGCAGACGUAAGAAUUUACCAAAAUAUAUAAAAUAACGCUUUAUGUUUAGACAAAAUGUCAAAAUAUGGAAAAAACGAAGUGACACUAUUGAUUUUAGUCACAAAGUUCAAUGCUUAUUUUCAGGAGACAGAAAAGUUGAAGACUGACACAACAAACACCAAAGUCAAGGCCCAAGGAAAACAGAAUUUGCUUGAUGAAACCUUGGAGAACAUCAAGAAACUCGAAGCUACGACUACGGAGUUCGAAAACCAGGCUCAAAGUGAUAACGAAAAGUCUACCGAGAUUCUCAGAAAUGCCAUUGUAGCUGAAACUGCUGCCAAGAAUCUACAAGCUAACUUCAACAAGUCGGAAUCUCAACUUAACAAUGCUUUGUCGCUCUUGAGUACGUUUCGACCAACUUAUUUUUGUUUUCUUUAUGAAAUUUUAAUGUGUUUUUGUUUAUAUGUUGUAGUAGAGAUCAAAUUUAAUAUUUUGCAGCGUGUUUUCUGUUUUACAGUGUUUUAAUUUCAAUUUUCAGAUUCCUUGGAGAACGUGAACGAUGAGCAACUGGAGGAUCUGGAACGAUUGUUAGAUCAGGCCGAAACCGAGUACAGAGAAGCAGAAUUGGACAAGCUUGUCAAAGAUGAGCUGAACAAGAAGGCAGAACAAGAUAAGGUUCUUCUGAAGCGAGAAGUCGACAAUCUCAGCAAACAAUUGGAGAAGCUACGGAACGUGCAUGCUUCUCUGCCGACACGAUGCUUGAACACUGUCAGUCUGGAGCAAGAAGGACAGAAAUAG